UAAAACUAUGAUGGCAGAAUUGUAAGCAAGAUAGGCUAAGUUAGCCUUGUAAAGAAUGACACCAGAAGAGAGAGCAGCAUAUGAAGCUAAAAAUAAACCACCUCCACCUACUAAUACUGGAGAUGUUUAAGCUAAACUUGCUAUGUUGAAUUAAUAAGAAUCAGGACCUGUUCAAUAAUAAUAAUAAACUGGACCUCCAAAUACUAAAGUUAUAGUAAAUAAAGCAGCUCCUCCUCCUCCACCUCCACCACCACCUCCUCCUCCUCCAAAAGGAGCAGUAUUUGAAAUCUUAUAUAAUAUUUAUAGCCCCCUCCUCCACCACCUAGACCACCUGGCCCACCUCCUCCUAAACCAACUACCAAUCCACCUAAUCCACCUUCAGUUAAACCUCUUUUAUAAUCUCCUCCUCCUGUUUUAAAUAAUCCACCUCCACCUAUACAGAAUCUUCCACCUCCACCUUAAUAAAAUGUUAUGCCACCACCAUCUAUAUAAUAAUAUAAUUAACCUCCUCAACAUCCUACUUAACCAAUUUAAUAAUCAACUGACGUCACUUAUUUCCCAGUACCUGGUUAACAAAAAUAAUAAUCAUAAGAAGCAUCUUUCCCUAUUCCUAAAAACUAAUAAAGUAUAUUUAUUUUAUAUUAUCUUAGAAUAAAUUCCAGGAGAUAAUAAAAAUGUAGAAUUUCCACAACUUAAACAAGAUAAAAAAUAAAAAAUUGAAGUUAAUUGGUUUUUAGCUAUUGCUGGUGUUAAUCUAUAAUAAUAGUUAUAAGCUACUACUUUUGAUAACAUUUAAAAAAUUACAUAAUUAUAAGCUCCAUCAUAAAAUGAUAACUCAAAUCCAGAAUUCUAAUCUAUCAAAAAAGGAUUUAGAAAAUUAGAUUAGGAUCCUUAUUUAGCUGUCAUUUAUUUCUAAAAAUCUGAUACAUCUGUUGUAAAAGUCACUAAAAAUUUUGAAAGAUAUCUUAGAAAUGAUAAUAAUACUUGGACUUUUAAUUAAAAUAAAUAACAUUUAUAAUUAUUAAAAGAAAAAUAUAGCGAGGAAAUCAAUAAAUAUAAAACUGAUUAUGCACACAAUAUUUAAUAAAAUGUUUUGAAAUAAAUUGAUGAAAAUAGAUUUUUAGCUGCAAUCAAAAAGUUAGAUUAAAUCAUUUAAACUAAAUUAUAAAUUCAGGAUUAUUAAACAGUAUAAGUUCUGACUCCAAAAAUUUAAGUAAUAUUUAAACAUAUAAAUUAGAGCUUAAAAGAUACAAAAAAUAAAUAUGACUAGUUGAAUCCUGCUGCAAGAUAAGAUAUUGUAAGUUCUUUAGAAUCCAUGAUGAUGGCAAUAGAAGCUAUGGCUUUUUGA